AUGACACUGCCAGGCUUGCUUUGGAUGCUGAAUCUGACCAACAUUUUCCCGAUGAGUGACCAGAUGAGGAAGAGAAAAAGACUGACUGAUAGAGAGAAGCGUCAGAAAGACAAAGAGAGGAAGAGAGAAAAGAGACAGCAGUCCUUUCCUUCCUUUGAUAUUCCAGGAGACAAUACUGUUCCUGAUUGUGAUGUCCCUCAUGGGUCAACAGAUGGAGAGAUGUCAGCUCCUCCUGAUACUUUUCCUGGGCAUGGCUUUAAUGGGUUGCCACCUGUUGAGGGAAAACCCAUGGCCAGGAUGCAGGCCUCUCCUAGUGAGAAAAUGCAUCCAAAUGCCCUGAGUAACGCAUCUUCUCAGGGAAGUCGUCUGUGUGCCCGAAACGGAGGCAUGGCACCGUCCCCUGACUCCCCACCGUGGGUUUGUACCUCACCGAGGGUACCUGAGCCGGACACCGUGCACGUGUCUGGCUCAGCAGGUCAGGCGCAGCUGGAUAUGUCAUCCUCUCAGGGGGAUGAGUCCAGCAGGAGUCAAAUUGAUGCAAUGGAUAUCAAAACAGAUUUUCAAACAGAUACUGAAACGAUACUAAAUGAAUAUAUAGAUAUUGAAAAUGAGAAAGAUGAAACAAUGAAUGCAAAACUAGACACCGAAACUGAAAUAUAUGAUUUUGAAGACAAGAAUGGAAUUCAGUAUUCUCCUGUUAUAUUUAAUGAUGAGAUUGAUACAAGUAAUACAAGAUCCUCAAAGACCUUCAGGGUAUGUGUACAAGGCUCUUUUCAUCAGGGUGAUAUCAUUUUUGGUGAGAAUGCUGGAACUCAGUGUGUUGCAAAUUCAUUAGCUGCAUUAUCAUAUCAUAAGCUGAAAAAUUCUAAAUAUUGGGAAGAAACAGACAUGGACAAAGUAUUGGCAACAGGAGAUGAGUUAUACACUUACUUGCAGCGCAGUUCAACAGCAAUCAGCAGGUACCUUUUAGUUCAUGAAUUGCCUCAAUUUUUUGAGUGUUUUAGUAAAUUGUUUGAGUUCAAAGCAAAUGAAUCCCUGGCGAGUCUGAUAAAUUUGUUAGAUGUAGAACCAUGUUAUGAAGACUUUAAUGCAUUCUCACUUUUAGAUGCACUGCAUAUUGCCCUCGGAGAUACUGAUGGAUGCUUUGUGUGUUUUGGAGGAAGUACAUUUUUGGUUGGGAAAAUCGGGGAUGAGUUUUUCACUUUUGAUUCUCACUCAAGGUCUUGUAGGGGACAUAUGAGCAUAAACGGUAGAAGUACAAGGGUGUUGUAUCAAUCGGUCCAGGACAUUUACAGUCAUGUUUUGUCAUUGGCUGUAUCAAUGGGAUAUGCAGGACUUGUUAACUGUGAGAUAACAGGAGUGCACUGUACAUUGAGACAGUUUGAAGGUAAAGAGGAAACCAUUUAUGGAGAACAGAAUUAUCUGAAGGGUAAGGAGAAGACUGUUUCGAAUGAAACACUUUCAGAAGAAAACAUAUCACUGUCUAAGAAUUCUAGUCUGAAUUUAAAUGAAAAUGGAGUAGAAAUUGUUUUGAUUGAGAAUCAUAAACUAAGUUUUGUGCCAUUGUCUCGUAAAACCAAGCAGCAGCUUUGUAAUGUUGUUAGAAUACCAUGUUCAAGUCCUACAGGAAGAGAUGAACAGGUUUGCCUUGUACAAGAAAUUGAAGCACCACUUAGUUGUGAAGAAAUUAAAAGAGAUGGGAAUUGUUUUUUCAGAGCAGUUUCAUUUUGUUUGACAGGGGUAGAGAAAUAUCACUAUGAAAUACGUUUAGCAGUUUGUCAGCACUUACUUCAAAAUAGAAUGUUGUUUCAACCUUUCUUAAGAGCAACUGAAAAUUCUGUUGAGAGGCAUAUUUCAUCUACUAGUAUGUUAAACAUUGGCAUAUGGGCAACCGAAAUUGAAAUUCUUGCUCUCUCUCAUCUUUUGAGCACUGACAUACAUACAUACUCACAGAACAGAUGGAUAACAUAUUCAGGACAGAUGGUUGAUCAGAAAAGAAACAGCCAACCAAAGGAGUCAAUUUAUCUCUAUCAUGAGAAUCAGAAUCAUUAUAACGUUGUUUUGACAAUUUCUGGCAGAAGUUCAGAAGCCAUUUGCAGGUCAACAUCAUUGCAUAUUGGCAAUAAAAAUGAAACCAAAAGGGAAUUGAGUGAAAUGCAUUAUUCUGUACCCUCUGUAGAAUCACAAAUCUUUUGUGAAGAUGCACCUUCCCAUGAAAAGAAAGUUGGUAAAUUGCAAAAAAAUAAAUCAAGAGCUAUACUGAGGAAACUUGAAAGAGCAAAGCAAAAGUAUAAAAGUGACCUCAAAUUCAGAGUGAAGACAAUAGCUGAAAGGAAAAAGAGAUACAAAAAUGAUGAAAUGUAUCGAACAAAGUUAAAGAGGCAAAGUGUGGAAAAGUAUGCAUUAGAUGCAAAUCACAGAAUGAGAGUUCAGGAAAACAGCAAAAAGAAAUACAGGUUAAAUGAAGGUUAUAGAAAGAACAUGAAAAGCAGAAGUACUGAAAAGUACAAAUCAGAUGUUCUGCACCGAAAGGACGUAAAUGAAAGAAGCAUGAAGAGGUACUUAACAAAUGAUGUAUACAAAAGGAAAGUUAAAAUAAGAAGUAUUCAGGAGUACAAGAAAAAUAGGGUGCAUAGAGAAAAUGUCAUGAGGAGAAGCAUAGAAAAGUACAAGAUUGACCAAGUACACAGACAGAAUGUAAAGCAAAGAAGCUCAAAAAAGUACAAGAUGGAUGGAGAACACAGAGAGAAUGUAAAGCAAAGAAGCAAAGAAAAGUAUCAGAUGGAUGAAGAACACAGAGAGAAUGCAAAGCAAAGAAGCACAGAAAAGUAUAAGAUGGAUGAAGAACACAGAGAGAAUGUUAAGCAAAGAAGUAUAAAAAAGUACAAGAAGGAUGAAGUUCACAGAGAGAAUGUUAAGAAAAGAAGUACAGAAAAAUAUAAAACAGAUGAAGCACACAAUAGAAUGGUUAAAGCAUCUAGUAAACUAAAGUACCAUUUCAGUUCUGAUGCCAAAAAAGAGAAGAAAGAAUAUGUAAGAAAUCAGAGACAGGCAUUAAAGGUGAAGUUGGAAGAUGAAGAUGAAGUUGUAGAAUUAUUUAAGGAAAAUGCUAGAAAAGGACCAGAGUUCACUUGCUGCUGUUGCCAUCGCUUAUUGUUUGAAAAUCAAGUUCAAGGAUGUGCACCUGAAAUGUAUGAAAAAAGUCAGCAAGCAAGGGAAGUUGCACAGACAUGCAUACAAAACAAUUAUGUUCAUCAGUGCAUAGAGUCCUGCUCAUUGAAUUGUCCAAAAGUAUCACUAUGUAUCUGUUUUACAUGUCACAGGAAAAUAUUGAGCGGUAAAAUCCCAGCAGAGGCAGCUGCCAACAAAAUGUAUUUAGAGGAAAUUCCAUUUCAACUUGGUAAUUUGAAUAGCUUAGAGCAGCAUUUGAUCGCUUUGCACAUACCAUUUAUGAAAGUGAUGGGUCUUCCACAAGGUGGCCAACGAAAUGUUCAUGGACCUGUUGUAUGUGUACCUUCAAGCCUAAAGAAAACAACUAGUUUGCCAUUAAAUGCAGAUGAAAAUUUAUUGCUUCGAGUUAAACUCAAAAGAAAGCUGACAUACAAGGGAUACUUUGAAUACCAAUUUGUAAAUCCCAAUCAUGUAAAAACAGCUCUUAAUUAUUUGAAAAAGAACAACCGAUGGUACAAAGAUGCUGUGAUCAAUACUGCAUGGGAAGAAGAUUGCGAACAAAGUGACUUAAUAGCAGAUGAUUCCAUUGAAUUUACAGAUGAGGGACCAAAUGAAGAGAAUGAAGUUCUGGAAGUUGUUAUGGAUACUUGUUUGCAACCUGUUGAUGUUGCACAGGAGGUGCUUGACCACUACUUCGAUGAUGUAUACAACAUUGCUCCAGGUGAAGGAAAAAAUCCUAUCCGCAUGCUGCAAGAAGAAGGGAAUGAAGCAAAAACAUUUCCUCAUUUAUUUCCUUCUGGAAAUUUUUCAUGGAAUGAAGAGCGAGACGUGAAGAUAUCCCUGUCAAAAUACUUCAACAAUAGGCUUAUGAAUGUUGAUAAUAGAUUUGCUAGAGAUACAAAUUACAUUUUCUUCAGCCAGUACAUGUCUGAAUUGAACCAGGUGAUUGAAAAGACACAGAUUUCAAUCCGCAAGUCUGUAUCUAAACUAGAUGGAGGGAAAACAGUAACCUCAGACAUGUUGCAGAAUCCAGAUGUGCUCUCUAAAUUGCUAAAAAAUGAUGAGGCUUUAAGAUUCAUGCAACCAAUAAGGGGAACACCUGCAUAUUGGUCAGCUGCACAGAAGGACCUCUUUGCAAUGCUCCGACAGCUUGGUAUCCCAACGUGGUUUUGUUCAUUUUCUGUUGCUGAGUUCAGGUGGAAUGAAAUUAUUGGGUGCAUUUUACGCCAUCAAAAUGAUGAUAGACAUCCAGAUAAUUUGGACUGGUCAGAAAAAAGCGAGUUGCUAAGAAGCAAUCCAGUUUCAGUUGCUAGAAUGUUCGAACAUAGAUUUCAUGUUUUCCAAAGAGACGUGAUCUUGUCACCAGCACAGCCAAUUGGCAAAGUUAUAGAUUACUUUGUAAGAGUUGAGUUUCAGCAAAGAGGUUCCCCACACAUGCAUUGCUUAUACUGGGUAGAAAAUGCACCGAAAUUUGAUGAAGAUGAUGAAGACACUAUUUGUGCUUUUAUUGACAAGUACAUAACAUGCUCCUUGCCGGUCGAAAUUGAUAACACUGAAUUACGUAAAACAGUAAUAGGUGUGCAACAACACAGUAAAAAUCACUCUAAAUCAUGCAGAAAAAAGGGAACAGAUUGUAGAUUCAAUUUUCCUAGACCACCAUCAGAAAGAACAUUUAUUGUAAGAAAGUGUGCAGAAGAAGACGAUGAUUCUCAAGAUGAUGAAAGAAUGUGUAAUUCUCAGGCCAAAGAUAUUUUGUUGAGUGUAUGGAAUGAAGUCCUUGAUGAAAAGAGUGCAUUAAGGUCAACCGAGGAGGUAUUCAGUAAUAUUCAACUAUCGCAGGAUUUGUAUGAGAUGGCGCACAGAAUUUUAUCAUCAAGAACAUGCACUAUCUUGAAACGAAAUCCAGAUGAGAUGUGGACUAACCAAUAUAAUCCAUGCCUUCUCAAAUGCUGGGAUGCCAAUAUGGACAUUCAGUUUGUUUUAGAUCCAUUUAGCUGUAUUGUGUAUAUAAUUUCAUACAUCUCAAAGUCAGAACGAGAAAUGGGAAUGCUACUAAAACAAACCCAGAUAGAAGCAGCUGAGGGAAAUUUAAGUGCUCGCCAAACACUGAAAAGUAUAGGAUCUGCUUAUCUUAAUCAUAGAGAAGUCAGUGCUCAGGAAGCAGUAUACAGAGUUUGCAAUCUAAAAAUGAAAGAGAGUUCAAGAAAAGUUGUCUUUAUACCAGUGGGAGAAAAUCCAACCCGUUUAAGUAAACCACUUGCACAAAUGAAAAAAAAUGUAAAAAGUGAGGUAAAUGACGAUGAAAUGGACGAUGAUGAAGAUAGCAUUUGGUUGACAAAUAUUGUAGAAAGAUAUGAAAAUCGGCCAGACUUGGAACUUUUUAAUGAUAUGUGCCUUGCUGAAUUUUGCUCAGAGUUCCGAGUACUUUCCAAAUCACAGAUUCCUCAAACUGAAAAGGAAGGUGUUUAUCAACUAAACCAUGCAAAAGGUUACAUUCAGAGAAGAACAAGAUCAAAACCAGCUGUUGUUAGAUAUCCUAGAUUCAACCCAGAAAAUGCACCUGAAAAGUAUUACCAAGCAAUAUUACAACUUUUUUUACCUUACUACACACAAUACCAGUUGAAACCACCUGGCUUUCAUCUAUAUCAGUCAUUUUAUGAAAGUGGGCACAUCAAAUUAAAGAACAAGAGUUUGCAAGCAGUUAAAGUUGUGGUGGAUAGUAAUCGUUCUAAAUUCUCGAAGAAUGAAGAUGCAAUCGAAAAUGCACAAGAAACGCUUGAACUGUUUGGUGAGCCUGAAGAUGCAUGGGCAAAGCUUUGUCCAGAAACUGAGGUUAGGCGUGAAGAAUGUCUAGAAGAGAAGAAAAAAAGAGGGGAAGAAGAAAACAAAGAAAUGCUGCUUACUGAGGAAUUUGAAAAUGAUAGUGUUUCCGACUUGUAUCAUAUUAAGGACAUCAGUAAUUCAAGACAAGAAAUUCUUCCCUUACUGCGAAGUUUAAAUGCUAAGCAAAAGCAAGUUUUCUAUACUGUUCGUGAGUGGUGUUUGAAAAAGAUUGCUGCAAAGAAAGCAGAACCUUUGCAUGUAUUUGUAACAGGAGGUGCGGGAACAGGAAAAAGGAAAAAGCCAUCUCAUUAA